AUGGUCCAAAUAGAACAAUCUCUUCAUGAAGCAUUUAUUUCAACAGAUCUUAUAAGUUUCGAACAUAAAUUAGCAGUAGAAAAGCAAUUAACUCGAAUUUCACAUUUUGAUGUGGUUACCGAUGAGGAAUUAAAGGUAAUUUUUGAUUUUAUUUUAUGUUUUUAGGCAUCAAUCGUCUAUACAAAGAUCAAACAGGUUCUUUGGGUUGUUUUGAGUAUAAAAAGUUAAGGUUUAUUGUUAGAAAAGAAGGGGUUAUUGGCUAUAUUACACUUGGUAUAGCUGCUUUUUAAUGGAUUCUUGCUUCCAUGUAAUUUUCGCUUGAUGGAAACGAGUAAAAAUGACAUUAGGGGUGAGAAAAGGGCCGGGCCCAACGUUUAGGCCCGGCCCGUUUUCAAUUUUCUCUCAGGCCGGCCCGGCCCGGUCAGAAAAUUUUCUAGGCCCGGCCCGGCUCGUUUUAAAAAAUUUAAAAAAUUUUAAAACUUAAAAAAUAAACGUAAAUUUGGCUUUACAUUGUUUUUUUUAGAUCAUUUAUGUAUCAUGGUACCCAAUAAAAUCAAAAAACAUCAACGGGGAUUAAAAUAAAAAAUUUUUAAAAAUUAAAAAUUUUUUUCCGAGCCCUGGCCCAAUUUUCAAGGCCGGCCCGGCCCGAUCGUAGGGCCGGGCCUAGACGGCCCGUUUCUCACCCCUAAAUGACAUUUUUGCAAGCCCACUAAUAAUCUUUUUAUAAAAAUAUUAAAAAUCACCUAAACUAUGCCCUUUUAGUCAUAUGGCCUGUCAGCCCCAGCCAUACGUCGCCUCAGGCUUGAGCUGGAUAGACGGAAGAAAACGGCCAAAAAACUUUUCGGAUCAAAGCAGAAAACGAUAAAAGUGAUUGAAGUAGCUGUAGAACACCCAGCUCCACAUCAAUCUCAUUCGAAUCCCUUUUCUCCCAGUUUGAUACCUAAAGAUGAGCUCAAAAUCAUGCAAAAACUGGGCGAAGGCACCUUCGCUUCAGUACGAUACGGCCUCUGGCAGCGUGGAGAUUCCAAAAAAGAGUGUGCUAUUAAAGUGCUACAUCAAAUAACUGAUGCUGGGCUUGAAGAUCUCUUUUCUGAAGUUGGGAAUAUGCAGAAACUAAAGCAUGAGAACGUGGUACAACUGUUUGGUAUAGUGCUGGGAGAGCAGACGAUGAUGGUACUGGAAUAUUGUGAUGGAGGAGCUUUGUUGAAUCGAUUGCGAAGUGAUAGGAAGCCUGUGUUAGAGGUAACGACCUUGUUGAACUAUGCUGUUCAAAUCGUCAGUGGUAUGGAGUAUCUAGAAGGAAUGAGGGUUGUUCAUCGGGAUUUGGCCGCCAGGAACUUGUUAUUGACUCAACAAGAUGCUGUGAGUCGUGGGGAGGUUUUGGGCGAUUUAAAUUGAUUUUUUAGGUUAUUAUAGGAAGAAAAAUGCAUUUUUUAAUAAUUCUAGGUAAUAAAAAUGAAUUAAAACCUAAAAUACAAGUUAAAACCCUCAAGAACCUUAUCUCCCCCAAUUUUAGGUAAUAAAGAUCUGUGACUUUGGCCUAACCCGUUCAUUGGACGAAAAUGCUCGAUUUUAUGAAAUGUCAGCUCAGAAGAAGGUACCCUUUGCAUGGUGCCCUCCCGAAUCGCUUCGAUUCCGGCAAUUCUCACACAAAUCCGAUUGCUGGGCUUUUGGUGUGACAUUAUGGGAGUUAUACACGUAUGGAGAAGAACCUUGGGCUGGUAAUAGGGCUGCUGAUGUAAGUUUUUAGGUUUUAUUUAGAAGUUUAGGUGUGAAAUCACCUUUUAAAGCUUAAAUAAUAUAUAAAAUGUAAAUUUAAAAAACGACCAAAAUUUGAUACCUAAAACGCUUUUUUUUCGAAAAAAGUGGAAGUAAAACAACCUUCAGCCGUAGUACAAUGUUUGGUUUAGGUUUUGCGCAUAACCGAAGAAGGACAGCGGCUGAGGAAGCCUCAAAAAGCUCUCAUGGAGUUAUACAAUAUCAUGUUGACUUGCUGGGAAAAGGACCCGGAGAAGCGGCCCAAAUUCAGUCAUCUCAAGAAUAUUUUGAACGAGGUGGGUUUUUUCGUAUUACUAUGGCUUUGUUGUUGGUAUUGUAGCUAUAAAAUCAGGCUACAACUAAUGUUUAUAAUAUUAGAUUAUCCAAAAAAAGUCUUUGCGCUUUUUAACAGGCAAACCUUUGUUGAAAAACGACAAGACUUAUUUAAGCUAUUAUAAUUCAAAUAUAACACAAUAUUAACAAAGUUUUGACAAAAUUUUAUAUUUUUAACUGAUUUCAGAACAGAUACUGUAUUUUUUACAAAUUAAAAAAAAAUUUUUAAAUUUUGUUGUUCUCUUCAGAUUCGUUUCAUAACAUCCGAAGCCAGGGAAGACUUUGUCAGUGGCGACAGCGACUGUUUGGAAGUCUCCAAGGGUGAUCAUCUCGUUAUGAUUGGGGAACAGUAAGUUUUUGAAUUUUUUUUGGUGAAAACGUUAGGAAAACAUCAGAACUUUAGAAUUUUAGGUAACAAAAGAUGAGUUUUCGAAUUUUUGAGGUCAAAAAUUAAUUUUUUAUCAAAAUUUCAGCGAAAAAAUGACAUGUUUUAAUGAGUUUAGGUAUCAAAAACAUUAUUUUUUUAGCUUUUCGAAGUUUUUGAAAUAAAAAUUAUUUAGAUUUACAUUUUUCGAUAAUUUUGGGUAGCAAAACCGUAUUUUUUGAUCAUAUUAGCCAUUUUAUCAUUAUAUAAACUAUAUUCUUUUCUUACUUUACCCAUCUUCUUUUCAGCAGCCAAAGCGAAUGGUAUGGCCAAAGCCUCAGAACCCGGAAAUUCGGCCGUUUCCCCAAGUCCCUAAUAUCCGUGAAAGCUCACAAAUCCUCACAACAACAACAAACACCAUUCUCCACAGCCGUCACCGCUUCCACCCCCAUCUCAAUCACCGCCACACCAGCCAUUCAAGACAAUUCGAAUAUAAGCAAGCCAGUGCCAGGCUCGUUAAUUCACGCUGGGCACGGUGAUAUGGACGAGAAUCGGUGUUGGGGACAAAUCGACAAGAUCGACGAUGUUUAUCUCAAGAAUCCGGUCGUGAAGCCGUUGUACAAUGAAGCUACACGACAACGUGGAGUUUCGUUCAUACAGUCGAUUACGGCGUUAAAGGAGGACAUACAGCAGAUUGAGGGGGUUACUGUGACUAAUAACAUGCCACCAGUGGGGGGUAAUGGUAGGUUUUUGAAAAAAGUUUAUUUUUGUUACCUAAAAAUUAUAAAAUAAGCUGUUUUUGCGAAAGAAUGUGUUUUUGUUACCUAAAUUUUCAUAAAAUUGAUUUUUAUUACCUAAAAUUAAAAAAAAUUGAUUUUUGUUACCUAAAUUAAUAAAAAAUUGAUUUUUAUUACCUAAAUUUUCAUAAAAUUGAUUUUUAUUACCUAAAAUUAAUAAAAAAUUGAUUUUUAUUACCUAAAUUUCUCUUUUCAACCUAAAUUUCUCCCCUACAUACCUAAAUCUCUCCUCUACACACCUAACUUUUCCCUAUUCCAGUAGUUCGACCGGUCGAGACCCUCCAAUUCGACCCGCUGAAGGCGUGGGACCUCGACCCCAAAGUAAUGGAUGAACUCGAAAGUCAACAGAAAAUAAGAAUUAGGACAAACACGCACGAACGAGGCGAUCCGGAACGACGCAGGACAACAAACAUCACGGAAGACCUUCUCAAGUCCACCAAAAUGGGAAUGGAAGCCGGUUUGGUGGGCCAGAAACCCAGGUCUAGCACGCCGCAGAACCAUUCUAGUAGGUUUUUUUGAGACAUGGGGAUCGGGCCCUUAGUUAUAGGGCCGGCCGGGUUUUUCUUUUGCUUAAGCCCGACCAUCUCUAGUCUUUGGCGAGGGUUGGUUGGCGUAGUGAUGAGAAACGGACCGGGCCAACUUUUGAAGCCCGGUUCAGGCUUCAUUUUUUCUCAGACCAGCCCGGCCCCGCCAAAAAACUAGGCAUUGCCAGACCUGAAAUUUUUUGGGUCCAGGCCUACCUUUUAAGACCGAUCAUCGGGCCAGGCCCAACUUUUAGGUCCGGUUCGUUUCAACUUUAGCUCGAAGCCGACCUUGCCCGAUCGUAGGGCCGGACCUACACGAACAUUUUCUUCCCCCUAGGGGCUUAAAAAAUUUUUUUGAAAUUUGAAAAAAACGAAUAAUUUUUUUCCAGAAUACAGCCAAGCCAUAGCAAUACCCCGUCCAAAACCCUCCCAAAACGCUUUCCAACCUUCAUCCGGCACUACCGACUUCCCAACCAAAUUUGAUGAUCAACCUACUACAACACACUUCCAAGCCCAGAAUGUUUCGACUACUCAAUUUCAAGCGCAUACCGAUUCAACUACUCAGUUCCAUUCCCAAAACACAACUCAAUUCCCUUCUCAACCUACUACAACAUCACAAUCAAAACAUAAUUCGGCACAAUUUUCCUCACAAUCGACGACACAACUACCUUCACAAACAUAUCAAUCACCAUUCCAAGUCAAUCGAAGUGAACCAGAUCCCUUUGUUAUCGACCAUUCUAUCAAAUCCCUGACUUUGAAGGAGCCAUUGAAUGUGAAUUUGGCAGCGGCAGGCUUUGAGAUCAGUCAAAAUGGGGGCUUUAGUGGACAAAGUGGUGCUUAUGGUACAUCAGGUACGCAAAAUGGGUUUUCAGCUAGCCAAAACGGCUUCUCAGCUAGUCUAAAUGGCAUCUCAGCAAGCCAAAAUGGCUUCUCAUCAGCCCAAAACGAUGCAUCAGAACCAAUAAAUGGCCAUAUCAUCCCAAGAAAUGGUCAAUUUGGAGCCAAUUUCGGACCAGCAGAAUGGCGCCAGUCUGUCCCAGUAUCACAUAUGCAUCAAAGAGCUGAGUCAGCUAGAACCACAAAGGAAUUCACACCCUUAGACAACAGUAUCCUAGCCCUACUCGACCCGCUGGUAGCUAAAAACCCAAAAGUUGCUCAACCUUCAAGUACAAAUGGACCCGAAAAUGCUCAAAACUUGACCAAAUCAGCGGGUAUUAACAAUGCUACGGGUGUACGAAAUCCAGAACAGCUAGCAGGACCUUCAGGAAGCUCUACCACAUCAAAAGGAAUGUCAGGGGCUUCAAAUGGAUCAAGGUUAGCUAGUACGAACAGUUAUGCUAACAGUACGAGCCAAGGAAGUACUAGUGGAAACCCAGCAAAAGCUCUGGCAAAUGUCAUUCAUCCAUCAAAGCCCCAAAUUCAGAAGCAAAAAAGCGCGGAAGAUCCGUUUAAAACUACAGUAAGACCAAGGCCAAGCUCUUCCGUAGCCCGGCCAGCAUCGUCAGUGUUUCCGCCUUCAAGUCUCCUACAAAGACCGGCUUCAACUACCGUGUUUGGCACUUCAAAUGGCUCUAAUGGUCAACAAAAGCAAGGGAAUCUGGCUGAAAUCCAGAAUCAUCAAGCUUUGGGAAAUCAGAAUCAUCAAGGUCUAGCGCAUCAGAAUACCAUGACAAUUCAGAAUCCUAACGUCAAAGAAAACUUGGCCAAAAUGGGAGUACCAACAGUACUAACCAGUGUACCAAAACUUCACGCCAUCCCAAAUGACCCAGAUUCUGUGAUUUCAACUUCGGCCUUAGCUAUGGCUACACAGAAUCGACAAACUGCUACUGUGCUGUCAUCUGGAGCGGCUUCUGGUUCAAAUAAUCGAUCUUCAGCUCCUCUCAAUCCGACGAUAGCUUCUGGAUCAAAAGCAUCUUAUUCUAACGCUACAAUGCCUUCUGGAGCUAAGGUAUCGUCUUCCAACGUAUCAUCGGCUUCUGUGUCCAAGAUAUCGUCGUCAGGCUCCAGGCCUUCAACAACAUCUGUAGCGACAACAGUAGUCCCAACAUCAACCAGACCGUCAACUGGACCAAGCAGCACUACUGUCGCUCAGAACACGUCUUUCCUGUCCGAUUCUGCUUACGGAACCACCAGAAGUAUAACAUCGUUCGACUCAUCGUACGGAUCGUUGAAUGCAUCAGUAUCGUCAUUCCUCCCACCGCCUUCUGAUCUGCUUUUGAAUGGCAAAAAGGCCGCGAGUUAUAGUAAAGGUAAGUUAGUUUUUUAGCCUAAGUUGCCAAAAAAGACCUACUACAAGAUAACUCCUUCAACCUACUAUAAUAUAACUCCUUCAGCCUACUACAACAUAAUUCCUAACCCAAAAACCUUAACUUUAAAUCAUUUCAGUACCAACCAAAUCCCAAGUAUUCACAACAAAUCAUUCCAACCCGACGACCACCAGUACCACAAAGACUACCGUACCUCAAAAACAACCGAUACCAUUCCUCAUGCCAACUCCACUUCCACAAAGCGAAAAACCAGUCCAGCAGGCAACGAAUGGACCGCCGAUUGAUCUGAACGAUCUCGACAUUGAUCGUAUGAUCAGCGACGUGAAAAAGAAUGCCGAUUUUGCGAGGUACGUAUUGGGUUUGUAUUGAAAUUGACUAUGAUCAUAUAGGUAUUGGCCAUAUAAUGGGAGAGAAAGUUAUAUUUUGAAAAUUUUUUGAUGUGAAAAGAAUGGCGCGUGUUAAAAUACAAAUUUUGUCUUAAAGUAUUUUCUAGAUUUUUUUGUCUUAAAAAUGAUUUUUUCACCUAAAAACAAGUUUUUUGAUGCGAAAAGAGUGGCGCGUGUUAAAAAUCAGUUUUUUUGUAAAAAAAACGUUUGUUUUUCGACUUAAAACAGGAGUUUUGCUACCUCAAAUCCAACUUUUAUAAAGUUUGUUACCCAUAAACCAUUUUUUAAGAGCAUUGUUACCUAAAACUCAUUUUACUUUAUGAUAUGUUAACUACAAAAAAUAUCAACAUAUGGUUUGUUACCUAAAAUCCCCCUUUUUAGCCAUGAACAAUGUACAAAAGCCUUGCGUGCUCACGAAUACGAGGUCGAGAAGGCGGUCCAGUUCCUAAAACUAGCCAAAUUCAUGGAGCUGGGCCUUUCCCCAUCCAAGGAGGCCGCUCAACUCAUACUCAACAAUCACCAAUGGGAUUUGAACGCCGCGGCCAGCAGUCUAAUCAAGUGA